AUGUCGGGAUCAGCCACACCCCAUGCCCCUGCCUCAGCGCGCGCCUCACUGCCACCGACGGCCGCUGCGACGCCGGCCCUCCUGCACGCUCCCGCCUCUGCGUAUGCAUCCCCCGGCCUCCCGCCGCCCGCCACGUUCGACAUCGUGCCCGACCUCCACAAGCUCCUCAAGCGCAUCAUCGACGCCCCGCCACCAGACCCGUCCUCUCAGUCGGCCGCCGCAGACGGGCCUCUUGAGAUCCAGCAUGUAGCCACAGCGGCCACCGACAUCCGCCUGAAGAUACAGCGGGCACAGCGCGCCGUCAUGUCUUUGCCGGAGAUUGGCCGCACCUGCGCCGACCAAGAAGAGGAGAUCGAGGACCUGGAGGCUCGCAUUGCCCGUCUGAAGGCCUCUUUGCGAGAGCUCGCCCGGCCCGCAGAGACAACAGAGGACCGCGACACACGACCUACCUCGAUCGACUGCAUGGUUGCCCUCGACAUGGCUCUCGCCAAGGGUGCAAAGUGUCCGACAUGA